GCCGCGUUGGGAAAUGGAGGCUGUGGCAACUCUGGAAGGGAAGAGUGCUGUCUCUAUAGCCCGAGGCUGCGGGCAGCUGGCCAAGCUUUCCGCUAUAAAAGCAGCUGGCACUCAGCUUCACAUGUCCUCUGUCAGCUCCGUCUCAGGGAUAUCAGGUGAGCAAAUCUUUAGCUACAAUGCUGUCUGAACUAGAGAAAGCCUUGGAAAACAUAGUUAAUGUCUACCAUCAGUAUUCUGGGACGAAGGGGAACCACCAUGCCCUCUACAGGGAUGAUUUGAAGAAACUGCUCACGACUGAGUGUCCUGAGUUCAUACAGAAGAAGAACGCUGAAACCUUGUUCAAGGAGUUGGACGUCAAUCAGGACAACGCAGUUAACUUCGAGGAGUUCCUUGUGCUGAUGAUAAAGGUGGGCCUGGCAGCCCAUGAAGACAGCCACAAGGGGUGUUGAGCUUCUGGCCUGGGCCUGGGUCCCUGGGCAAUGUCUACAGAAUAAUAAAGUUGUCAUACCUCA